UCUGGUUUGAGAUCUGGAACGACAAAACCCUUUAACACAAGAUGGCCACAAGAAAAACCCAUCCUAGGACGCUACCCUGGGGUCCUACACGCCCUGCUGCUGUUCCUCCUGGUAGCUGCACCCUCUACCCACGCCCGGGGCACGAGGAACAUUCAAUCCUGCUUUGCCAAGGAGAGACAGGGGCUUACAAAUGACAAUUUUUUGAGAAACGUAUCUAAAUUUGGAUUGAAGCUGUUUAGGAGUCUCGUGGCUAAUCAGGGCGCUACAGGGGGGCAGGAUAAUGUUAUAUUGUCCCCGUAUAGUGUAUGGAGUGGUCUGAUUCUCGCCUAUUGGGCCUCAGAAGGGCAGACGAAAAGGGAGCUUGAGAGGGUCUUAAAAGUGACUUCAAAAUCUCGUGUGUAUUCCGACUGGGUCAUCGCUGGAGAGAAGGUAGGUGUACUCACACAAACAGCCCCUAGAACCCUACUCGACUCAGCACAAACACACAGCCGAACACACACCCAGACAGACUGCCAAGCGAGCACACACACCCACAGAGAGGAGAGACAGGCUGGCACUAACAACAAAGUCACACUAACCAACACAAACUCACAAACACAGACGGAGAGUGGAAGCAGCAGCAGUUCACAGAGUCAGGGAGAGGGCCAGACCAGCGUGGUAGUGGAGAGCAACAGCCGCAUUGAGGAGUGUGCAACAGAUACACAAGGAAUAACAAGAUGCAGUACCAGAAAUGUUGUUGAUACUUCGCAAGACGACGUCACCACAAGCACUGACCCCGGUAGUAGUAGUAUUAGCAGCAGCAGUAGCAGUAGUAGUAGCAGCAGUAGUGGGGGGUCAUCCACAACGUGUAUUAACGGGGUGUGUCAAAGCAGUGACCCAAAUAACAGGAAGGAAGCGAAGGAAACAACAGCUUGCACGGUACAGGACGGCGUGAAGGAGUGCCAGAAGGAAACUUGUGAAACGGACGCAUCUGGUGUUUUGACGUGUACCACCCAAACUUGCACGACUCCUACUGACGGGGUAGAAGAAUGCAUCCCUGCCACAUCCUCCCGUGCCACCAGAACCCAGAAAUCCACACAAACAAACAGAUUUACAAGCAAAAACUGGGGUUAUUUUUCCCAAAGUCUUCGUUUCGACCCUUGUCUCUUCCAGUUUCUUCCUCAACUUUCCCUUCUAGACUUCACAAAAUCGACUGCAGCGGCUGACACAAUCAACGCAGCGGUACAGCAAGCUACAGCGGGCAAGAUCAGCACCCUGGUACAGCCGCAGGACCUCGCAGGAGCCGAGUUUAUGCUGUUAAAUGCGGUUUAUUUCAAGGGAAGCUGGUUAGUUAAGUUCCCCCUUGAAAAUACACGACCGGUUCCGUUUUCUUCGCCUUCUGGACCCCGGGACGUGAAUAUGAUGCGAGUGGUGGACCAUUUCAGAUACGCACCCAUUACGCCCCUGAAAGCAACAGUGGUGGAGCUGUCCUACUCCUCCACCCACUCCAUGGUCCUAAUGCUGCCGGACAAGGGGGUGGACGUGACGGAGGUGGUGGGGAGCCUAACACACGCCAGGCUGACGGAGGUGCUGGACAGCCUGCAGGAGUCCUACCUCGAUUUGAAUUUUCCGCGCUUCUCUCUUCGCUCUCACCUGACGGAUGAGCUUAAGCAGGCCCUCGCAGGUACAGGAGUAAGGGAUCUUUUCACGGUGCCCCUAAACCUGGGCACCGUGACACGCUCGCCUCUACGUCUUCAUGAGAUUAUCCACGAAGCUGCCCUGGACGUGGAUGAGGAAGGAGCGGAAUUUGCUGCGGCGACGGGCAUCAUAGGGACACGUGUGGGUCCAGCUAAGGUCCUCCUAGAUCGGCCCUUCGCCUUCCUCCUUCUCGAGAGACAGCUCAACCUCAUCCUGGCGGCCGGCGUGUUCCGGACCCCAUGAGGAGGAGGAGGAGGA